AUGGCUGGACAUGCGAUAACGUACGUGCCGCAGGCCGCAGGAUGGUCGAAUCCGCAAAUCAUGAAAGAGCCUGGAAACAUCGUCCUCGCUCUCACUCUCACCUUGACUAGCCCCACCCUCACCCUCAUUCUCAUCCUCCACAUCCACCUAAAACUCAAUCAUGGAAUACCCUAA